AUGAGAGGAAACUUCGUCUCAGUUCCCACCGACUGCCCUCAGCGGGACGAACGCCUUGGCUGGACAGGAGACUUGCAGGUUUUCGCCCCUACAGCGAACUAUCUAUUCGACACGGCCUCCUUCCUGGGUCACUGGCUAGAAGAUCUUUAUGCGGACCAACUGGAUCUUGACGGCGUCGUUCCCAACAUCAUUCCCUCCAUUCCUAUUCCACCUCGGCACCCUGAAAACAGACCGAUGGCCGUCUGGGCAGAUAGCUCUAUCAUCACACCCUGGGAUCUCUAUAAUGCUUUCGGGGACAAAGAAGUACUCGCGAAGCAGUGGCCCAGCAUGUGUCUCUGGCUCGACAAGGGCGUUCCACGAGACGAACGGGGCUUCUAUGCCAUGAACACGCCGCAAUAUGGCGACUGGUUAGACCCUCGAUGCCCUCCCCAGCUACCUGGCCACGGUCCAACAGACCCCUUCUUCGUUGCCAACGCAUACCUGAUUUACGUUACGGAGCUCGCGGCAAAGAUCGGCGGACUGCUCGGUGAGCGGGAGAAAGAGGCCCUUUACGCCGGGCAAGCAACUCGCCUGCGCCAAUCAUUCCGAAAGGAAUACGUAACAUCGACCGGUCGUCUUGUAGCCGAUACGCAGACUGCUUAUGUUAUAGCUCUGAAGUUCGGGUUGUUGAGUACCGAGAGGGAGGUCCAGACAGCACGCCAGAGGCUGGACUGGCUGAUUAGAUGGGAUGCUUUCAAAAUCCAGACCGGAUUUGCGGGUACGCCAAUCCUUCUCGAGGCCUUGGCUACCAACGGCCUGCAGAGCCAUGCGUACAGGAUGCUCCAGGAGCGGGACUGUCCCAGCUGGCUGUAUCCCGUCAGCAUGGGUGCGACAACCAUCUGGGAACGUUGGAACUCCAUGCUUCCUGAUGGAUCCAUCAACCCGGGCCAGAUGACUUCCUUCAACCACUACGCGUUGGGAUCUGUGUGCAGCUUCCUGCACCAUACUGUCGGAGGAUUGUCCGCCGGCUCGCCCGGAUGGAAGACUGCCAUUGUAAGGCCUCGACCUGGUGGCACAAUAACGCAUGCUGAGACCAGUUUCGACUCUCCCUAUGGGCCAUACUCGGUGAACUGGAAGAAAGUCGGCCUGACAAUGGUCACGGAGGUUUCUGUGCCACCAAAUUGCGAAGCGGAAAUUAUCUUAAACGGCGUCAAGAAAAAGGUUGGAAGUGGCCAACACAUAUUCCGUACUGCAUGGGAGGAGGAUCCAGCGUGGCCUCCAAUGGCCAUUCAAGGUGGCCAGGGGAAUGAGAUUCCUUCGGCUUUCGUGCCUUGA